AUGCGUACCACCCUCGCCCUCUUCACGCUCGUCGUUAUCAGCCAGACUGCAUACGCAGCCAUCAAGAGCGCACUCACCUCCGCCCCGUUGACCGACAUCGGCAAGUCACUCCCCGUCGCCAGCAUCCACUCCGUGGCCCCGGUGGCCAACAAGACCCUCAGCAGCGGCCGCACCAGCCGCAUCCACGCCCGCUUCGGGGCGCCCCCUGCGGGGACGUUCCCUGCGACGCUCCUCAUGUGCCCCACCGCCGACUGCAUCUCAUGCUUCCCGGCCGACCUCAGCACGUUCCCCACCAACAUGUGCCUGUCCGAGUCCUUCUCCAUGCAGUCCGUCGCGAUCAGCCAGCCGAGUGACCAGGGUCUGCCGGACGGUCUCUUCGUGGGCCAACCUGGUUGCACGGAGUUCCAACAAGUCCCCGCGGUCAACCAAUGCUUCAACCUCGACCCCACCGUCCAGAACACCGACGUCGCGCUGAACUAG